UCCAUACGUUUCCAUACUACAAGGAGUAUCAUGGGAUUCAAAAAAUUCGUGAUAUUUUCCAUCCUCUUGUCGGGAAUCCUUGGAAUUUCAUCGGAAGAAAAUAUUCAUAGGAGUGUUGUUUCUCGGGAGGAGUUUGAGGAUUUGAAAAAGCUUGUUCAAUUUUUAAAUAAGAAGGUUAAAGGCCAAGAACAGAGACUGGUAGAACAAGAGAUUGAAAUUAACACUCUAAAACGUGAUGUUAAGAAAAAGGAUGAACUCAUUACAAAAAUGUCAACGAUCUCAAAAGAAAAAUCUGUGAGUAAAGAAGAAAUGGAUUUACGGGAACACAAUAUAGCAAAGAGGAGCGAUAGUGAAGAUAGUCUACCUGGCAACUUUAAACGAAAAUUCAACAGAAUUGUCCCAGCUCCCACAGAAUCUGUAGUGGCCUUCUACGCUUACAUGUCAUCAAACGAAAACAAUCCAGGCGCCCAUCAUAUACUAAUAUAUGAUCAUGAAGUAACCAAUAUUGGAAACGGAUACAGCAAACAUUCGGGAACCUUUACUGCUCCUGUGGGAGGAGUGUACGUCUUUACAUGGAACACAUUCACAGCUACUAAUAUUGCCGGUCAUGACUAUAUGUCAAUUGAAAUCACUCUCAACAGCCAACCAGUUGGGGCGAACUUCAUAGGAGGUGGAGGGGAUUACGGAGGCGUCACGGGAACGGUUGUACUCUCUGUCCAAAAGAAUGACGUCAUUUAUACGAGAACUCAUUCAACCGAAGUCCCCAAGGGAUCUAUCAGAAGCGAUAACGUAAUGAGGUCGACCUUUUCUGGAUGGUGUCUAUCUUGUAAUUAAAACAAUGAAUAUAAAUUGAAUAUACA